AUGUUCUCCGUUGCACUUCUUUUUGUUUCUGUCACUUUUGCUGAGCCAAUCUUUUCUGUGAGCGGCGUUAAACCCUAUGAAGUGAAGGAGACAUGGGUGCAAAAUUUCAUCAAGUUCCAAAAGAUUACUGAAAAAAGCGGAAAGAAGAAGAUCAUUCCGAUCGGAUGUGUUCCGACCAACUCGGAAACCGGGACUGUAUUAGCGAUUAACGAAACACUGCAAAACACGGAUUUUCUUUAUCUCUGUAAGCAGGAUGAGGACGGUGUUGUCAACUGGGAAGCAAUGGGUUGCUUUUCUCGUGAUGGUCGCUUGCUGAAGAUUGGACAAGCACGAGUACUCGACAAUGGAACAACUAUUGAAAAGUGUGAUAUCGGUUCGAGUGGAGCUGUUGCAAAAUCCGUUGAAACAGCUGCCGGUUGCUUUGGAAAGAGUGCCGUUUAUUUCGAUGGAGCAGAUUGGAUUCAAGAGAUCGAGAAUCGCAAAAAGGACGACAUGCUCGAGGGUGUCUGGAUGAAAUGUUUCCGGCCACACAAUGGUUACUACGAGAGCCACGUUAUUGGCUGUGCUUCGGACACUCUUUUGGUGGCCACUGGAGAUACGGCAGAAAUAAGCGGAGGUCGAUUUGUGCGUUGCGUUGAGCGCAGCAAAGAUGUCGUCGAAUUCGUGACCGUUGAUAAAUCGGAGCUGAGCUGUCAACACGAAAAUGCUACAAUUGAACAUGGUAGCAGCUGGAACGACACUUCCAGAGCCGCCAUCCUACUUUGUCAAAAUACUCAAGUGAUCAAAACAGCUUGUCUCUUAAAUGGAGAGGUGCUCGAUUUGGGGCAAGAGGUGACGAUCACUCUAGGAGAACCGGAUAACUGUGUUUUCCUCUGUCAUGAACAAUCCAAUGCCUACGUUUGCCCGAAAAAGAUUGCCGAAUAUAAAAUUGUCGAAGAUACAGAAGAGCUAGCCACUACGCUUUCACCGACUCAAAGCACAAUCGACCGUGCUCGUCCUCCGAAAGCCACCACUCAAAUUCCCCUUUCUCGGCUACUCUCUCUACGUAAAUACAAGAAAAUUGUGAAAAAGGAAAAGAAAAACUUU